AUUUGAACCCAUGACCUCUGACUCCAAAGCCCAUGCUUUUUCCACUGAGGCAGAAAGAGGAAGGAGGAAAAGAAACUUUCCUUGGGGUAUCAAGCUAAUAAAACAUUGGCAAAUUGUCCAUUAGAUUGCAUUAUGGACAGCACAGAGGAUAAGAAUGACAGUGACAGCGAUGGGCUUUUCCUUAGAAUGGGUCUCAAUGACAACAAAGCUGGAAUGGAAGGUUUAGAUAAAGAGAAAAUUAACAAAAUCAUACUGGAAGCCUCCAAGGGAUCUAGGUUUUAUGAAAAUGAGCUCAAAAGAGAAAAGCAAGUCAAUCAACGAAUUGAAAAUAUGAUGCAACAAAAAGAUCAAAUUUCCAGCCAGCAGUUGAAGAAAGCACAAUUACAGGUGGACAAACUUGCCAAGGAUUUGGACCAAAGCCGGGAUCUUUGCUCUACUAUAGUUCACAUUGACAUGGAUGCUUUCUAUGCAGCUGUAGAAAUGAGAGAUAAUCCAGAACUAAGGGAUAAACCUAUCGCAGUGGGAUCAAUGAGUAUGCUGAGCACGUCAAAUUACCAUGCAAGGAGGUUUGGAGUUCGUGCAGCCAUGCCUGGGUUUAUUGCCAAGAGACUCUGCCCACAUCUUACAAUAGUACCAACAAACUUUGACAAAUAUCGAGAAGUGAGCAGAGAGGUUAGGGAAAUACUCAGUGAAUAUGAUCCUAACUUUAUGGCCAUGAGCCUUGAUGAAGCCUACCUGAAUAUAACAAAGCACUUAGAAGAAAGACAAAACUGGCCUGAAGACAAAAGGAGAUAUUUCUUCAAAGCAGGAAACACUGCAGAAAAUGAUAAAUCAGAAGGAGCAGGGACCAGGCAACCUGAGUUGAGUGAAGAAGAACUAUCCUUCUCUCCAGUACUUUUUGAAGAUAGCCCUCCUCUGUUACAGCAGCAAGGGCAACCCUCUAUUCCUUUCCAAGAAGUAAUGGAAGAACAGGAUUCUCCUCAAGUGGCCCAAAAUUCAAUUAUCUUUGGAACAUCAGCUGAGGACGUUGUGAGGGAAAUUCGUUUCAGGAUUGAACAAAAGACAACUCUGACAGCUAGUGCAGGGAUUGCCCCAAAUAUGAUGCUAGCAAAAGUGUGCAGUGAUAAAAACAAACCAAAUGGACAGUAUAGAAUUCUCCCUACCAGACAAGCUGUUAUGGACUUCAUCAAGGAUUUGCCCAUAAGAAAGGUGUCUGGAAUAGGAAAAGUUACUGAGAAAAUGCUCAAGGCUCUUGGAAUUAUCACUUGUACUGAUCUAUAUCUGCAGAGGGCAUUGCUGUCUCUUCUGUUCUCUGAAUCAUCUUGGCAUAAUUUCCUUCACAUUUCCCUUGGUCUGGGUUCAACACAUUUGGAAAAAGAUGGAGAAAGGAAAAGUAUGAGCAUUGAAAGGACAUUCAGUGAGAUAAGUAAAGCGGAAGAACAAUAUAGCUUGUGCCAGGAACUUUGCAACGAUCUUGCUCAGGACCUACAGAAGGAAUUGCUUAAGGGCAAAACAGUCACUCUUAAACUAAAGAAUGUGAAUUUUGAAGUAAGAACUCGAGCAUCUACGGUUUCGUCUGGAGUUUCUACUGGAGAAGAAAUCUACGCUAUGGCUAAGGAAUUGUUAAGGACAGAAAUUGAGGCCGAUUUUCCUCAUCCUUUGAGAUUAAGACUAAUGGGUGUUCGAGUAUCAGGCUUUCUCCUUGAAGACAAGAGGCACCAGCAAAGGAGCAUCAUUAGUUUCUUGCAAUCUGAGAGCCAGGUUCCAACUAACACUGAGGUUGGUGUAGAGAUAACUGACCAGGAAGAGCCAAAGCCUCAAGAAGUGGCACCUAAGGAAAGUUUUUUCAAUAAAAAAAGAGCAGAACGGAAACAGAACUUCCAAGAGCGCUUGAAAUAUGAGGCUGCUCCUCAGCAAGAUUUACAAACUUUGCGGGCAACUGCCAUUUCUGAGAGAGGGACAAAUGAAAUUCCCAACUCUGAAAAUUCAGGGGAAUAUCAAAUGUUUACCUGUCCCAUUUGUCUUAAAGUGCAAGGAAGCACCUGUCUGGAAACCUUUAAUAGACAUAUUGAUGGAUGUCUCAGUGGAACCUUGGUGGAUGGUGACUCAAACAUUCCCCAGGAGCUCAUGAAUUCUGACCCUCCAGAAAUAAGGAAAACUGAAAACACGGGUGACAAUCUUUCACCCUGUGAAGAGAUAGAUUUUGAAAUCUUUGAGAAGAUGACAAAAAGCCGAUCAGAAGAAGCCACUGCUAGAGCAAGUGUAGAAAUACAGUCCAGAAGGGAACAUGUGGAAUCUUUUAGCAGAGAAACAGGUGACCAACACGUCAUGGAGGAAAGUGCAGUGACAUAUAGUAACUCUUCAAAUAGCAAAAGCUGUCAUCCAAAUUCACCCCCAAUCACAUCUCUGUCCCUAGGUAGGCGAGAAACCCUGCAGCCUUAUUUACCUAGUAUGAUCAAAGACAAGAAUCUGGUUUGCCCUGUUUGUAACAUGGAACAAAAGACCUCUGACCUCUCACUGUUCAACAGACAUGUGGAUGUUUGCUUGAAUAAAAGCCUUAUCCAAGAAAUGAGGAAGUACAAAGUUAGUCCUGAUAAGAGUAGUAAUCCAGGAAAUUCCAAAACUGCAGGGAACUUGGGCCAAACCCAGAAAAUGAAUGCCACCGUAGGAACAAAAAGGCCAGGAUUGUUGACACAGCAUUCAUCAUCCAAGAAAGCCAAACCAAAGAAUUCCAAAUACACCAUUGAUUCAUUUUUUAAAUAAGCAUUUAGUGUUUUGUACUAGAGGUGUUAAUGCCUUAAUUUCAUAAUCAGAAUCCUAAAAUCGCAGGUUUAUUCACUGAAACAGAAGGAAUCUUUGGGUUCUUUGUAGAACUUUCUGAGAAAAGUGGUCUUUUAUUAUUAAGGAAGGAUAAUUUAAUAUUUAAGUGUAUUGUAAUUCUAAGAAAAUCACAAUAUGAUUUGUGCUUAUGAAGUAAACUGAAUGGAAUUAUGCAUAUUAAAUAUUACUUAUUUCAGGCACAGAUAACUAAUUUAAUGGUCUUAAGCUAGUUGGCUUUAUGGUACGGGAACUAUAGCUUUUAGAAAAACUGUUAACAGAAUGCUUUCCUCAAGCACUUACUUCACUUUAAAAAUAUUUAAGUCUAUGAUAGGGAAGCUGUUCCUUGAAGUAGUUAUACACGUCUCACAGACAAACUCCCUGUGGAAAGAGAAUGUCUAUCGGCCAGAAUCCAGUUCGCACCUUUGUGUCUCUGAGGUACUAUGAUUACAAAAAGAGCUAUGGGAAUUUGCGUUAGGUUUUAUACAUCGUGUGUACGCUAAAGGAGGAAAUGUGCAAUUGUCAAGAUAUUCAUUACAAUUUUAAAGUUAUGUUUUUUAGAAAACCAACUUGCCAUUUUAUUGUAUCAUUUUUCUGUGUUAAUUUUUAUUUCUGAAAUAAGAUGAAGGCUCAAUAAUAGACACAUAUAUUUAAUCUCCAAGUAUUUUUGAGCAACAAUAUACGGGUACCUCCAUUGUCAGGAGAAUAAAACAGU